GUUGUUUUCAAUGUGGCGUCCUUGUUAGUGCUAUAAAAGCCGACUGUUAACAACUCGCCUUGCCAAGAAGUGCAGCAGCGAUUAGUUGGGACGAAGCUUGGAUUUGUGACGCACAAAAAGUCUUUAACUAUCCCGGUUUCCAGAAUGUCAGCAGGGAAUAAUCCUGACGAUUUAGCCACCGCAAUCCUCCGUCGCAAGGACCGUCCCAACAGACUCGUUGUCGAAGAGGCCAGCAAUGACGACAAUUCAGUGGUUGCUCUUUCACAGACAAAAAUGGACGAGCUGCAGCUCUUCCGUGGAGACACAGUGCUCAUCAAGGGCAAACGCAGAAAAGAAACCGUCUGCAUCGUUCUCUCUGAUGAAAAUUGUGCAAAUGAAAAAAUCCGCAUGAACCGUGUGGUUCGAAACAAUUUAAGAGUUCAUCUUUCGGAUGUAGUGACUGUUCAGGCAUGUCCGGACGUGAAAUACGGCAAGCGCAUCCACGUUUUGCCCAUUGAUGACACCAUAGAAGGUCUCACAGGCAACCUGUUUGAAGCGUACUUGCAGCCUUACUUCAUGGAAGCUUACAGGCCCGUGCACAAAGAUGACAUGCUGAUAGUGCGUGGAGGCAUGCGUGCGGUUGAAUUCAAGGUUGUUGAGACUGAUCCCGCUCCAUUCUGUAUUGUGGCACCUGACACGGUUAUCCACUGCGAGGGCGACGCCAUCAAGCGCGAGGAAGAGGAAGAAAAGCUGAACGCGGUUGGCUAUGACGACAUCGGAGGUUGCCGCAAGCAGAUGGCGCAGAUCAAGGAGAUGGUCGAGCUGCCCCUGAGGCACCCCUCUCUGUUCAAGGCCAUCGGAGUGAAGCCGCCCCGCGGAAUACUGCUCUAUGGACCUCCUGGAACGGGAAAGACUUUGAUUGCUAGGGCUGUCGCCAACGAGACUGGCGCAUUCUUCUUCCUUAUCAAUGGUCCUGAAAUCAUGAGCAAGCUUGCUGGCGAAUCGGAGAGCAACCUGCGCAAGGCGUUCGAGGAGGCGGACAAGAACUCUCCCGCAAUCAUUUUCAUUGACGAGCUUGAUGCUAUUGCACCAAAGAGAGAAAAGACACAUGGAGAGGUAGAGCGCCGUAUCGUGUCACAGUUGCUCACCCUGAUGGACGGCUUGAAGCAGAACUCUCAUGUGAUCGUGAUGGCCGCCACCAACAGGCCCAACUCGAUUGACUCAGCUCUGCGCCGCUUCGGUCGUUUCGAUCGCGAAAUUGACAUUGGCAUCCCUGAUGCCAUUGGUCGCUUGGAGAUCCUGCGUAUCCACACCAAGAACGUCAAGCUGGCCGGUGACGUUGAUCUCGAACAGAUUGCGGCCGAGACUCAUGGCCACGUUGGCGCUGACAUUGCGUCUCUCUGCUCGGAGGCGGCCCUGCAGCAGAUUCGUGAGAAGAUGGACCUGAUUGAUCUAGAGGACGACACCAUUGAUGCUGAGAUCUUGAACGCCCUGGCUGUCACAAUGGACAACUUUAGAUACGCUAUGAGCAAGAGCACCCCGAGCGCUCUUCGCGAGACCGUGGUGGAGGUUCCCAACGUCACCUGGGAAGAUAUUGGCGGUCUGGAGAACGUCAAGCGUGAACUGCAGGAGCUGGUGCAGUACCCGGUGGAGCAUCCGGACAAAUUCCUCAAGUUCGGCAUGCAACCAUCUCGCGGUGUACUCUUUUAUGGGCCACCUGGCUGCGGCAAGACCCUGCUAGCCAAGGCCAUUGCCAAUGAAUGCCAGGCCAAUUUCAUCUCUGUCAAGGGACCAGAAUUGCUCACCAUGUGGUUUGGCGAGUCUGAGGCCAACGUCAGAGAUGUCUUCGAUAAGGCUCGCUCUGCUGCACCUUGCGUGCUCUUCUUUGACGAGUUGGACUCAAUUGCCAAGUCGCGAGGCGGUAAUGUCGGUGACGCUGGUGGUGCUGCUGACAGAGUCAUCAACCAGAUCCUCACUGAAAUGGACGGCAUGGGAGCCAAAAAGAACGUUUUCAUCAUUGGAGCCACAAACCGACCUGAUAUCAUCGACCCCGCCAUCCUGCGCCCAGGCCGUCUCGACCAGCUGAUCUACAUUCCACUGCCCGAUGAGAAGUCCAGGGAGGCCAUUUUCAGGUCGGGAUUGCGCAAGUCCCCUGUUGCCAAGGACGUGGACCUCAACUACCUGGCCAAGGUUACCCACGGAUUCUCUGGCGCCGACCUGACUGAAAUCUGCCAGCGGGCUGUCAAGCUGGCCAUCAGGCAGAGCAUUGAGGCUGAAAUUCGCAGGGAGAGGGAACGGGCUGCUGGUCAGGCCAUGGAGAUGGAGGACGAAGAAGACCCCGUGCCUGAGAUUUCGCGGGCGCACUUUGAGGAGGCGAUGCGGUUCGCGCGCCGCUCGGUGUCCGACAAUGAUAUUCGCAAGUACGAGAUGUUCUCGCAGACCCUGCAGCAGUCUCGCGGAUUCGGAACCAACUUCCGCUUCCCUGCAUCCGCCGGCAAUGCAAGCAACCAGCCUCAGGGAGGUCAGGGUGCUCCUGACCGCGAUCAGGCUGCUUUCCAAGACGAAGAGGACGACCUCUAUGGUUAAUCUCUUUUGUUGGCCGCAGCAGAUCAAGCAAGGAAUGCGUGAAAAAUAGUUGAAACUUUUUAUUUUGCAAAAUGAUCGUUAAUUUCUCUUCAGUAAGUUAAUUAUAUGCGAUCAGUCUCCAAGUGUAAUUCAUUAACAAAUCAGUAAUAUUUCUUUUAAGGAUGUCACUUGCGUGGCACACCAAGUAGUUAUUUAUUGUCAACAUCGCCGCGUUUAUCGCUAAUGGAGACCCGAGAUAAUUUCUUCAUUCUAGAUUUGCAGCUUGAUUUUUAUAUAUGCAUUUCUAAGUUAAACUGUCAACUACGGUAUUGCUGAAGGACAACUUGAACACCCUGUAUGCACUUUGAAAUAAAAGCUUUGAAAAAUUCAACAAGA